GUUAGGCUAUUAGAAAUAAAUGAUAAUGCACAUGAAGUUUUUUACAAUUACCUAUUUUUCCUAAACGUACGAAAUAUAGUUUUUUUUUUAUAUAAAAUACGGUUGUUGAACGUACUUUUCGUCGGUGUUCCUUGACUCUUAGUUUUUGAUUGAUCAAUACACAGACAUGUUUGAUGGUAGUAACGAGUAAAAGUUAUAAUUAAAAGGAAAGAUUGUAAAAUGAGAUUAACAAGCAACACAGGUUUGUUAUCAAGCGCUCCACAAAAACCAGCACUGGUGAAGACAAAGAGUGCGAUAGAGCUUCGGUGUGAGGUGAGCCCUGCGCCGUUCAUCUUGCGACCAUUCGCCGGCCUGUACAAUCCCUUCCCGCACGGCUGCUCUGUUUUGUGCAACCAUCCAGCCGAACCUGAAGCUAAGGAAUUUGUUAGAAGAGCUAAAGACGCAUGGGCCUUGGAAGGUAAAAUACAUUAUUUCCAAGAGGAUUUAAGUAAGAUUCAAGAUCAAUAUGAAAAGGAGAAAAACAGAACUCCGCAUGAUAUCGUCACUGAGGACAUGUUUAGAAGGUAUACGGAAACAGAUUCGAGGCCGCUUACUCCAGCACCAACGCUCGCCAGUGGCAAGUCUAGAGGAUCUAGAAGAUGUUUGACCCCGGAUCAGCCGCGACAAAGAACAGCAAUAGUUCUUGAUUUGAGAAGAAGUCAUAGUCAGGAAACCUUGUAUUACCAUGGGUAUGGUACAUCAGAGCUGACAGCUGGUCACAGUGCGGCGGAGCGGUCUACUCUACCCUCGAAUAUUGACAGCGCUCACGGCCGUCUGCUAACUGGCCAAUGUGAACAAUUACCUCCCUUAGCUUCACCAUUGGUUCUAGCGAAGAGGAACCUUCCAGUCAAAGAUCUGCUGAGCGAGCGAAAUGCUAGAAAGAAUCAACUAAAAGCUCUGAACUUGGGGAAGGCGACGAAAAGCAAGACUAAAGUGGAAACUCCUGCGUCUGAAAGGUCGAAAGGCGACAAGGAAAGCAAUGAUUCUAAUGAAGCUGGCAACACUGAAGACACUGUUGAGGUCCGCCGGCGCGGCAAACGUCGGCGCAAAGCUCGCGGCGCUGGAAGUGACCGUCUGGCGUCCGCUGGCCUCGCUGCUCAAGCGCAGCAAGAUCCUGAAACUCAGAUAGCCGGUAUAGGUACAGAUUCCCAUAACGCGAGCUCGCGAGGCUCCAUAGCAGCCGCUGAGGAUAUACCGCUACCACUUGUGAUCAAGCCCACGCCAGCAUCCACCACUGAUUCCUUCUUAGAUGACGACAUUCUCAAGUACUUGCAUAGAGAAGUUGAUGAGGAAGCUAUUGAAACUGAGUUUGAUACUAAGCGUCGUUACGUGCUGAAAGAAGCACUCAGGACGCGAGGGUCGCGGCCGGCGGGGCCGGAGCUGCAGAACGUGGUGCGCGCGCUGCCGGCCGCCUGCAGCCUGGCCGACUGGCUGCACGUGCCGCGCGUCUUCUCACGCACCAAUGCCACCUUCGCGCUGCCCAUAGACUACACCGAGCUGGAGACUCUAUCACCAAUGUCAUACGCCGCGAGGUUUGUGACGAUCAAAAAGUCGAAGCAACUUCUUUAUCUCACGGUCAUCAGGAAGUUUAGGCCGAAUGGAUACAGGAUUCCAAUAAAAAACAUUGAAGAAGGUCUCAUUUUAAUGAUGGGCGGGAUAAUGGACAUGGAACAAGCGGACCACUUUAGAGACAUCAUGAAGUGGGACUCAUACGGGGAAGAGAACAGCCUUCCAGAUGAAAUAAAAUUAAACCAGUUGGAUGAGCGAUAUAAAGCUCAAUUUGCUUCAGAGGACACUGAUUUAGAAGACGACUCGAAUACUUUGAAAUAUCGCACGUGGUGCGGAUUGUGUGCGAUAUGUGAACGAAUGUACGGAAGAUAUCCACCGAGAGAAAAGGAUCCCCCGGAUGGAAUGGAAUUAAGCGACUUCACAAUGAUAGAAACUAAACUGGCUACAUUGAAAGUACAUAAUGGCCUCAUGGAAGUAUUAAAUGUUAUAAGAAUACGUUAAUGUUUUAUAAAAGUGAUUAAAGCUUGAUAUCACGAAAAAUUAAUUGUUUGUACUCUACUCUCCAGUUCAGUAUUUAAAUUCAAGCACUUGGAUGUAAAAU